AUGGCAGAAAGCGAGAAACUGGGCGAGCGGGUUCACAACCUGUACGAGGAAUCAGUCGACACGAUGCGCGGCUGGUUCAACGGAGCAGAACCCGACGAGGCGGCAACCGGAUUACUCGAAGAAGACGAGGACGUGGAACGAGGGCCCCAUGAAGACGAAGACGUGGAACCGCCGCCGCCGACCUCUCCCAUCCGCAGAUCAUGCGCCGCCGUUGAUCCGCGGAAGGCGCUGCAUCUGUUCUGUUACUUCUUGCCCUCGUUCUUCACACGUCUGAUCGGACUGAAUAGCGAAGACUCGGAAAUCGCGGCUGCCAACUCAACGUCUUACCUGAAUGGCCUGCGCGGCAUCGCGUCGCUUGUUGUCGCUUUUCAGCACAAUCUGGUAGAUUUCAGGAUGGUCUUCCACGGCUGGGGCGAGACGGCGACGGAUCACUACAUCAUGCAACUCCCAUUCAUUCGCCUCAUGACCAACGGCCUCUUCAUGGUCUGCGUCUUCUUCGUCAUCAGCGGUUUCGCCCUCACCUACGGCCCUCUGAAGAAGAUCUACGCCAAACAAAACGACGCCGCGAUAUCCUCCUUCCCGUCGAGCAUAUUCCGCCGCCCGAUCCGACUCUUCCUCCCCGUCGUCCCCGUACUGAUGAUGACGAUCUUCUCAAUCAACAUCCAGACGUUCCGCAGAGGCGGCCGCAUCCAUCCUCCCAUUCCCAACGGUCUUGUUGGCCAGCUAAGCUAUUUCUGGCAACAGCUCGUCAUCAUCAUCACGGUCGGCAAAAUCGACAGCAUCAUGCCUCAGGGAUGGACCCUCGCGGCCGAGUUCCAGGGCUCUCUGCUCGUCUUCACGUGUACCCUGGCCUUCGCGCGGACGUCGCCCAAGGUGCGGAUCCCGUGCGUCCUGAUGAUCACCGCCUUCUUCUAUUCUCUCGGUCUGUGGCAGUCGUGCCUCUUCCUCGCGGGCAUGCUCCUCGCCGAUCUGCGGCACCUGCGGGCGAAGUUGCCGUCUCCGACGGGCAAGUUCAAGAUCGUGGCCGACGUCGCGCCGUGGUUGCUCCUCUUCGUCGCGCUUUUCCUGGGUGGCUGGCCGAUCGAGGGCGACCCGUACAAGGCCACGCACUACGGGUGGCUCGCCUGGGUUCCAACAUGGCCGUUGGCGCCGUGGCAGUUCUUCCUCAGCUUCUCAGCCAUCACGUUGGUUGCUGCUCUGGAGAGUUUACCCAUCUUACAACGCGGACUGAACUGUAAAUUCGUGUUGUACCUAGGAGAGAUUAGCUACGGCCUAUAUCUGCUUCACUGGCUCGUUGCGUAUGUCGGCCUCACCAUGGGGCUCAAAUACCGGCUGGUAGCUGUAGGGCACAGCCUGCAGUUUUCCUCGGCUCUUGUUGUUGCCCUCUCUAUGUUCUUGGCUUUCUGGGCUGCGGACGUACAUUGGAGGAUGAUUGACAAAAAGUCGGUCAAGUUCGCGCAUUGGUUGAGCAAGAAGUGUGGUGUGUAG